AUGGAUGAAGCUGGUGAGCCUACCUACAAUUCAACACAACUUUCCAUCAUGGUACCCCUCGUCUCUUUAUUUGUUUUGCUAGUUGUCUUGAGCUAUGGGUGGAUCAUCGUGACGGUAGCCCGGACGCACUCUCUUCAUACUGCCUCCAACUGUUUCUUGACGAGCCUCGCAUUCUCCAUAGUCAUCAUGGGAUUGGUCGGCAUACCUUCGGUCAUUUUCUUCACUGCCGUCAAAGCAUAUACAUAUCCGUUGAUUUUUAUACUGACCUGGGUGAUGUUCUUCUGUAUCAUUGGGUUCUUUCUCAACGCUGUACUUUUAGCAGCCGACAAAUGGUUCAAAAUCUCCCGCCCUUUCCUGUACAUCAGGGUCGUCACGAGGAGCAAUGGUACCGUCUGCCUGUCCGUUAUCUGGGCAACAACUCUUCUCGGGAGUCUCAUCAUUGCUAUUGUACGCACAGCUACUGUCUACAACUUAACAAGGGCAAGCGUGAACGGCGCGUUUGCAUUUAUGUCUGUAAUAAUUGCUUAUGGUAUUAUCAUGCCCAGUGUCACCGCCAUCACCGUGUUGAAUAUCGGUAUCCUCCGAAUUGCCAGGCAGCAAGCCCGCGCCAUAUUACCGAACGUUCAACAACAGCAGCAGCCGCGGGUUGAAAACGACCAGCCACCCCCUCAGUUUGCCGGUCAGCAACGAGGCAUGAACACCAGGAGCACGCGGCAGUUUUCCAUCUUUUUUAUGUCUUUCCCCGUCACCUGGUUCCCGACGGCUAUCUUUCUUCACGCUUUGUACGUGAGUGGUAGCACUCGUGAUAAUGAUUGGUUGGUGGCUGCAUUGAUGAUCUUCAGCUCGAUCAUACUUUUCCACACUGCAUUCGGCACGUUGAUUCUGACUCUCUUGCAGAGAGAGUACAGGCAGAUACUCAAGAAAAACACGAGGAUCGUUUUGGAGAAAAUGCACUGUAUUAAAAGACGCUAA